CUAUAUCAAAGUAUGGAAAAGUUGAGUUCAUUUCACGGGAAGAAGAUAAGAGACAAGAAAAUAAGCAAAAGUAUAGGACUUGAGAAGUUAGAAAAAGGGUUGAAUAUUGAAAUAGUAAAUGGUUCAAGGAUGAAAAAGAAGAUUGACCUAAAUCACUCAAAAUGGGGAAUUUGUUCGAAAAAUAUUAUCACUACCAAAUGUCUCCAGGACAGAAAAGUGAAGCCAAAAGAUCUUCUUGCUCAUACAAAUAGUAGUUUACAUAAACUAGGUGGAAGGUUCAAAGUUGAAUCAGAGUUAAAUAAUAUUCUCGAGGAGCUACAAGGCCCAAAACCAGUUCCUUCAUUCGUUGGCCAGAGAAAAUCAGUCCCAAACAUUCAAGUCCUUGUUAGGAAUAGUUCAGAGCCUAAAAUAAUAAUGAGCGAUAAAGGUUUUGAGCUCAUUCAACGCAAAGUCACUCCCAAAGAUGAUAAACCACAAAAAUAGGGAAAAGUUCAGCCAGUUGGUUAAUUUGAUGAACACAAAUUUUUCAAGAUGUGGUAAAUUAAACUCUUGUGGAAGCAGUCAGAUACCUGAAUUCAAUUCACCAUCAUUCAAAACACCAAAGUUGAAAGAAUCUCAGGCUAUGACAAAAGAAGCACCAAAAGGAAGAAAGGCAUGGCCAAAAGCUUUGAGUGUAGAGAUUGCUCAGAGAUAUGACCCACAAGAAUACAUUGUGAAGGAUUCUGAUCUUGAGCAAUCGCAGAAACAAGUCAAGCGUUACAAGAGAAACUGCAAGUUGUUGUCAACAAUAAAAAGUUUCCAAGAUUUCAAGACUAAAAUUUCUCAGAUACGAGGUGGCAAAGAGGACCCAUUCAAGGAUGUCCUUCCAGAGGUCUUAGCUCAGAAAGGAUACAAAAGUAUCCAGCUAAAAAUCAAGCCUGAUAGAUCUGACUACGAAGUCCGUAAGAUAUUCAAUUCUUAAA